AUCUCGUUUCUAACAUCCGUUGUAGCAGAUAUCAUAAACCGAUUUUUUUUGUUUAGUGUUUACCGACAAGCAAAGACGACCGAAUUUGAUAAACUUUUACAUGAAAAUAUUUAAAAAACAUUUACAAUAAACCGUUUUAAUAGUUUUAAGUGUACGUAUAGUAUAAUUUUAAAAACACAAAUUAUUUUGACAAGAUGUCUGACGACGAAGAAAUUACUUACGUAAAAAAACAAAAAACAAUACACUACGGUUCAUUAGAAGACCAAGAACGCAUCCGUUUAUCUUCAGCUGCCACUGACAGCGAAGGCGAACCAAAAGCUAUUGGAGGAAACAUAAACGUAUCCAAUGAAUAUUUUGAUUUGGAGGAUGCAAUAUCUAAAGAUAAACAAGCAUUACUUGAAGAAUUUGAACGUAAAAAGAAAGCCCGCCAUGUGCAAGUUUCUACUGAUGAUGAUGAAGUUAAAAAAAAUCUCAGGAAGCUAGGACAAGCCAUAUGCUUGUUCGGGGAAGGGCCAGCAGAGAGGAGAAAUAGAUUGCGAGAACUGCUUUCAAGAGUAGGAGAAGAUGUUAUAGUGAAAAAACCAGAAGAAGAAAAAGAAAAACGACAGCAAAUCAAAGAUCAAGAUACAACCUGGUACCAUGAAGGGCCCCCUUCACUACUAGAUGCACGUUUAUAUAUGGCAGAAUAUUCAUUGUUGAGAUCACAUUUUCGUUUAAAAAUGCUCAAAGAAGAAGCUAGCAUACCUGAAUCAACACUUACAGCUCGUUUACAAGAUUUACACAAAUAUACAACAUCUCUUUCUAUUUAUUGUAGUCAAAUUGGUGAUACUAGACCAAUAUCAUACUGCCGGUUUAGUCCCGACUCUAAAUUUAUAGCUACAUCAUCUUGGAGUGGUUUGUGUAAAUUAUGGUCAGUUCCUGAUUGUUCAUUAGUCAAAACAUUUAGAGGACAUAAUUGUAAUGUCUGCUCCAUCACAUUUAAUCCACAUGCAGGUUCUGAUGUAAAUGUCUGUGAUCUUGUGUCAUGUGCUAGUGAUGGUUCUGUUAAGUUAUGGUCAAUGAAUAGUGAUAAAGAAGAACCAGUAGCAGACCUGGAAGGUCAUGCACCAUUUAGAGUGUCGAGAGCAGAUUUUCAUCCAUCUGGUCGAUUUUUAGGAACUUGCUGUUUUGAUAAUUCUUGGCGACUAUGGGAUUUAGAACAAGGGGAAGAAGUUCUUCAUCAGGAAGGACAUUGUAAACCAGUUUAUUGUAUGUCGUUUCAGUGUGAUGGUUCAAUUGUUGCAACUGGGGGCUUAGAUGCUUUUGGACGUGUUUGGGAUUUACGUACAGGAAGAUGUAUUAUGUUUAUGGAAGGUCAUUUAAAAUCUAUAUAUAGUAUAGACUUUUCUCCCAAUGGUUAUCAAAUAGCCACUGGUAGUGAAGAUAAUACAUGUCGUAUCUGGGAUGUUAGAAAAAGAUCAUGUCUAUACACUAUUCCAGCACACAUGAGUCUUGUUUCAGGACUAAGAUACCAACCUGAAGGUCAUUUUAUUGUAACUUCUUCAUAUGACAACACAAUCAAGAUUUGGGCAAAUAAAACAUGGCAAAUGUUAAAAACGCUAUCUGGACAUGACAACAAAAUAAUGGGAGUUGAUAUAUCUUCAGAUUCAAAAUAUAUUGCAUCUUCAUCAUAUGAUAGAACAUUUAAAUUAUGGGCUCCUGAAUACUCAACAUAAUUUUGAGUUGAGAUUAUUAAAUAUGCUAUUUUAUACUUGUAAAAAUAAUAAUAGCUUUCAAAUAAAUUGCUUUUUUUUAUCUUA